AUGUCGAGUGGCGGCAAAACACGCAUCCAACCCUUAGGACGUCGCCAUCCGAGGGUCAGACUGAGCAAGGAAGUGCGAGCUCUACUUACUGCUUCCCGUCAUGAAAAAUCACAACGUUUCAGGGCUGCUAUCAACAAUGUUUGGGCCGGCAUUGAUGAGUCUGUCAAGACGAUCUCGGCCUCUAACCACAAGAGCAUCCGUCGGGUACAACGUGAAUUGUACAUGGGUCAAAGCCUUUUGCGGCACAAGCGCUUGAAACUAAAUACUUGGAACGCCUUUUGCUGGAAAAAGAAUCAGAGUGUUGACAAGGAAAACGGACCAUCCGGCAAGGCACUACUGCCAGAGCUCAUCAAUACGCAUCGUUCAGAGUACCAUGCUCUCUCUAACAAUGAAAAAGACUCCCUUCUAAAGGAGUACGAGGAACACAGGACUACGAAGACCAAUAGACUUCGUAUCUCCACAAAGUCCAAGGUCAAUGACGUUACUCAGACCAUCAAGGCCAUCGAGAACGAGCUCAAUAGUUUAAGGUGCCGGACGGGUGCCGAGACAAUACUCUAUACGACACGCGGUUCAACUGACCUUCCCCUUCGUGGAAUUGCCUUUGCAACGGAGGGUGUCGAUGAUUUCAUGGAGUCUGUGAUGAAUAUAGAUAACCAAGAGUUUGUCACCAAGAUGGAAGGCUUCGCACUUCGUGGUCUAUGUGGUGACGAGAUCCGUCACUUAAUCAACCAUAAACUUCAGCAAAUUACGGGGAACCCAAAGGCAACAAUGCAGUGGGUCCAUUAUUGGUUUAUAGUUGAAGGGUGGCCCGACGAGAUUCCCUUCGACAACCUUAGCAAGGCGGCCAGUGGAAUCCCCACUCUGGAGGACCUCAAAGAUCAAUGGAAGUCCAGAGAAACUGCCUGGAGACAGCUGGACGAUGAGGAGUUCCAGGAGCUUGUUCAAGAGCGAAACAGCAAGCUGGGCAGUGAUAAGGGCAAGAAGCAGCGCCGUGCUCUUUCCCCCAUUCAGAAUGCGACCUCAAGGCCCCGCAAGAAGGCAUACACGAGUCCUGCUACUGUUGACAGUGAGGGUGAGAAUGAUGGUACCCCCGUCUCCUCUCCCAACAACGAUAGUACCCCCGUCUCCUCUCCCAACAACGAUAGUACACUCGUCUCCUCUCCCAACAACCUCACACUCGACACUGAGCCUCGCAACAAUGCACCUGUCUCACAGGCUGGACAACCUGAACUCACUGGCACUUUGUUUGAUAGUUUUGUUGACUCCUUCCCUAAUUUUAGUUAUGAAGAAGCUAUCACGAGCUUGAAUCGGCUUUUGGGUGGGCCUGCCCCCACUUCUUGA